UAUUUUUCCUUCACCAAAUCCCAAACGCUCCCUCCCCCUCUCUCUCAUGGCGUCCUCUGCAAAAUUCUUCUCCUUCAUCUUCCUCCUAGCCGUCUCCUCUGUGCAGAUUCACGCCAGAGAGAGCGAGCUCUUCAGCAAGUUCGGAAAAUCGCAGCAGGAGUCCCAGCUCCCCACCAGAGAUGCCUCUCUGAACAACCGCGACGACGAGCCUGAGUUCGUCCCGGAAACUUCCCAGAACGGCUACGGCCUCUUCGGUAAUGAACCCGGCCAGCUCCCUCCCACCACCACCACCACUACGACGUCCACUCCCGCCUCUUACGCCAGCGCCGCCACCUACUCCACUUCCAAAAACUCUCAGCUACCCAAAUCCGGCGACACCCUUUACAGGUACAGAGACACCCCCACCACCGUCACCAUCCCCGCCACCGCCACCACCACCACCGCCUACUCCACUUCCGAAAACUCCCACAAAACCAAAGCCGGCGAGCCCCUCUACAGGUACAGAGACACCGCCGCCGCCGCUUCCGCCGGUGUCGGUGGUGCCGGGAACUAUUACAACGGCGUCAACAGGUACGAGAGCCAGAAGCAGGGCAUCGGCCAGACGAGGCUCACCGGCCGGCAAAACAGCUACUGGAGCAGCGCCAGCACCGGAGGAUACAACAAUGGCGUGAACGGGUACACCAACCAACAGCCACAGUUCCAGCAGCAGUCGCAGAGGCAGGGCAUGAGCGACACCAGAUACAUUGCCAACGGGAGAUUUUAUUACGACGUGAACGCCGAUCGGAGCCUCGACAACAACAAUCGGAACUAUGGGAUCAAGAAUGUGUACGGUAACUCGAGAGUGGCCACUUACAGGAAUGGAAAUGGAUACAAUUCCAACAACCAGGGUUUCUCUAACAGUUAUGACAAUGAGUUUUAUCACCCUAAUGGCAGAGAAAGGUACCAGACCCAGAUGCAGAUUCAAGAGGAAGACGACGAGUUUGUGCCAUGAUCUGUUUCAACAAUAGAGAAUGCGAUGAUCAUGAUCAAGAUCUGUUCUAGUUGUGAUCUAUAUAGUAGAAAAUAAUCGUCAGUUAAUUUAAUAUGCCUUUUUGGAAAAAAAAAAAAAAAUUGUGUGUCAUCUUGUUUUUGGGAUUUUAGAACUUUUGAUAGUUUGAAAAAGGGCCAAGGUAUGAGAGUGAAUUUGUUAUGGGUGAUGGAAAAAUUCUUAUAUUUAAUAAAAUGUAAAUCUUAAAGUUAUUUUGCUCAA